AUGGCAGACACAGCAGAUAAGAAAAAUUUGUCUAUAAUCAGGGAUCCUAAUACUGCAAUGAAUCGAAUAUUUAUUGGUAACUUACCGGUAUGUACACGUGAAGAAUUGGAGAGUAUCUGUCUGCCGUAUGGGAAAGUUUUGGCGACACUAGUCCAGAAGAAUUUUGGUUUCGUUCAAUUUGAAUCGGAGGAAAUAGCCAAUAAAGUGGCAAAAGCAUUGAAAAAAUCUACAUUCAAGGGGCAUACAAUCACUGUACGCAAUGCAAAUAAAAAGAAGCCAGCUGGGCAACAGCAACAAGUUGGCAAUGCGGGGAAUACUGCAGGAAAUUCUGGACAGGGAAAUAAUGUCACUGCAGGAAAUUGGAAUCAAAAUCCAGUCGUACCUGCAAGCGCGGACGAUGAUAACGGUUACAAUGGUGGUUAUAAUGACUGUGAGAUCAUAGUGGUGGAUCGUAAAAAUACUAAAUAUGCAGAAAUGAUUGAGGAACGUCUGAAAAGAUUAAAUUUACGAGUUGAUGUCUUAUUUCCCAAUGAAGAUGUACCUCUGGGUAAAGUGCUUUCUAAUAUAGCAUCGCGUGGAUGUUUAUAUGCCAUAUUAGUCACAAAUCAGCACGAGGAACACAAUAGCAUAACCGUAAACAUUUUAUAUGGGCAACCGGCAGAACAUCGCAACAUGCCAGUGGAAGAUGCAAUUUCUCUAAUGGCAGAAGAUUUCCGCAGAAAAAUGAUGCGUGACAAAAUAGCGGGUGUACAACAACCCAAUCAACUCCACACCGGUAAUUUACCAAAUCCUGUGCCGAUAAUACCGGCCGCACCCAAUUAUAUUGCUCCCCCUUUAAAAGAACGACACCCCGAUGCUAUACAAAGUCUUCUGAAUCUUCUGGCCAACAAUAUGCCACUGACCGUAUUACAAUACGAUCGUAUAAUUAAAUAUUUGCAAGACAGACGUCUAUUGCAAUUGAAAGUAGAAUUGGGAGAUGCCGAGGAGGCGUCACUCAAUCAAGGAACACCAGAUCCCGAAAUUGAACUACAAAAGAAAAUAUUGACUAUUUUGAAUAAACCAUCUGUGGCGGAAACCCAUUACGAUCUAAUGUACCCAUCGCUAGAUGCAGUCAAAAGUGAUAUACGGCUCUUGGCGCUGCUAAAAGAUGGGCGAGUUCAGAAAGCUAUCGACACAUUGAUGGACAGUAGUUUAGUGCCAACCAUAGAAAAUCUUAUGAAGUUCUAA